UAAAAAGUUCCUCCUGCAUCCUGUCUUGUCUUCAGGGAUUUAUCAGAGCAGAUAAAAGCAGCAACCAAAGAAAACCACGUGAGGGCCGAGAACACACAGCUGAUGCUGAGCUACCAGAAGGGUCAGAUCACUCUGCCACAGUACAAGGUGCUGCUGUGUUCCCUCUACGAGAUCUACAAGGUCCUGGAGGAGGAGCUGGACAGGAACUCCACCCAUCCAGCUGUGGCACCCAUCUACUUCCCUCAGGAGCUGGCCCGUCUGGAGGCUCUGGAAAGCGACCUGGAGGUGUUCCUGGGCUCGGACUGGAGGAAGCGGGUGAUAGUUCCUGCAGCCACACACAGAUACCAACAGAGGCUGCGACAGAUAGGUGAGGAGAACCCGGAGCUGCUGGUGGCCCACGCCUACACCCGGUACCUCGGUGACCUCUCAGGAGGUCAGGUGCUGGGGAAGAUUACCCAGAAGUCCCUGGGGCUGAGCGGCAAAGAGGGGCUGUCGUUUUUCUCCUUCCCUGGCGUGAGCAGCCCCAACCGCUUCAAGCAGCUGUACAGGAGCCGCAUGAACAGCAUCGAGCUGAAGGAGGAGGAGCGGAGGGAGGUGCUGGAGGAGGCAGUGGCCGCAUUCGAGUUAAACAUCCAGGUUUUUGACGACUUGCAGAAAAUGCUGAGUGUCACGAUGGCGACAGCGGACCAAUCGCAGAGCGGCUUCCCGGCGGCUCCACAGAUCAGCCAGUUCACCAUGAGACUGUGUGUCGCUCUGGCCACUGUGGUCACCGCCACCAGCACUUUGCUCAUGAUCCAGUACAACAAGUAAAACUGAGAGCUGUGUCCAAGCUCUUUAUGAUCAAAUCUCAAAUGAAACUGGGGACUUAUCAACUUGUUGUCUUUUUAUAUGUAUUUUUUAUUAAACGUUUAUAAAGUGAAAA